CCCCAUUCCCCAACUCUCUUAUCAGCUCACCAUUGGCUAAAUUCUGUACACCCUGAGGAAUAAAAUAUAGGACACCCAGAAUAAAUUACCGGCCUCUCUCUCUCUCUCUAGGCGCCGGGUUCUACGGACAUGGCAAAGCCCGUAUCGAUCCAAGUGUGGAACCCGAGCGGGAAGUACAGAGUCAUCAGCACCAAACCGAUGCCUGGGACCCGUUGGAUUCGUCUCUUGACCGAUCAAGACUGCCGCGUCGAGAUAUGCACCGAGAAGAAGACCAUCUUGUCUGUGGAAGAUAUUCUUGCACUCCUCGGCGACAAAUGCGAUGGAGUAAUUGGACAGUUGACAGAAGAUUGGGGUGAGGUGCUGUUCUCUGCGCUGAGGAGAGCCGGCGGGACUGCAUUCAGCAACAUGGCGGUGGGGUACAAUAAUGUCGAUGUGAAUGCUGCUGCUAAGUAUGGCGUUGCUGUCGGGAACACCCCAGGAGUUCUCACAGAGACAACAGCGGAGUUGGCUGCUUCACUUUCACUGGCAGCAUCCAGAAGAAUAGUUGAAGCAGAUCAGUUUAUGAGGGCAGGUUUAUAUGAUGGAUGGCUUCCCCAUUUGUUUGUGGGGAAUUUGCUAAAGGGACAGACUGUUGGAGUUAUUGGAGCUGGCCGUAUUGGAUCAGCUUAUGCUAGGAUGAUGAUUGAGGGUUUCAAGAUGAAUCUGAUAUACUACGAUCUGUAUCAGGCAACUAGAUUAGAGAAGUUUGUCACAGCAUAUGGACAGUUCCUGAAAGCAAGCGGUGAGCAGCCUGUUACUUGGAAAAGAGCUGCUACAAUGGAGGAUGUGCUUAGAGAAGCUGAUGUGAUAAGCCUUCAUCCAGUUUUGGAUAAAACAACGUAUCAUCUGAUAAACAAAGACAGGUUGUCCAUAAUGAAGAAGGAUGCAAUCCUUGUGAAUUGUAGCAGAGGACCAGUGAUUGAUGAAGCUGCCUUGGUAGAGCAUCUGAAAGUAAACCCCAUGUUCCGUGUGGGGCUUGAUGUAUUCGAGGAUGAACCUCACAUGAAACCUGGGCUCGCUGAGAUGAAAAAUGCCAUUGUUGUGCCACAUAUUGCAUCUGCCUCAAAGUGGACACGUGAAGGAAUGGCAACGCUCGCUGCUUUAAAUGUUUUGGGUAAGAUUAAAGGAUACCCAGUUUGGUCAGAUCCUAACCGGAUUGAAGUUUUCUUGGAUGAGAAUUCCCCUCCUCCAGCUGCUUGUCCAAGCAUUGUCAAUGCUAAACAACUUGGUCUGCCUUCUUCAAAGCUUUAAAGGGGAGUUUGAUGCUAUCCAUCUCAAAGUAAAAGGAGCAGUACAUAAUGUUCUUGUAAGGGAGAAGUAGAAAUGUGUGUCUGGUUCUUAUAUCACAUGCUGCUCAAUGUAUGUUUCAAUCUUUCAUCUCACCCAAGGAAAUAGUAGCAGAAUGUUGUAGCUAUUCUCAAGUAAGACAGUGAGGCAUCAAUAUUCUAAGUUUAACAUGGCCACCUAAAGCAUCCGACCUUCAGUUUUGCAGUAAAUGAACAUGAUGUUGAAACUCUUAUAAUAAACAAAAAAUGUUGUUAGGUAUGGA